UCUGCCUCAUUUGCCACUUUCAAUUGAGCCAAUAUGGCAAGUAGAUUCUGCUAGCUGGCAACUGCCUCCUUCAUAAGCUCAUACACGUCCAGUUUGCCAUGCUUCUGCAAUUGCUUUUCCAUUUUGAUUUUUUCCUGCCUUUUUGUGCAUGUUCAGCACAUGGCAAUUACUGCCCUCUUCAGAUGCUUAAACUUUGGGGCAACCAUUAGAGUUUUCAUUUUUUGUUCAUCAAAGAUAUCAAGUGAAAUUUUACUUUACGCAUUUCUUUCUGUAUUUGUCGGCUAUGUUUCCAUUUCACCUUAAUGUGUGUUUUGUUCUUACCUUAGCACAAUGGCUCGUGGCGACCAUCAAGACGACGAUGAUGACUUCAUGGAGUUACCGCAACAGAAUCGCGCAACUGGUCGGACAAAAGAUGGCGACGAGAAGAAGAAACGUUAUCGCAAUAGGGCUUCACAAGAACGCCUGACUAUAUUUACCGAGGGAUUUACUGACGAGCAGAAGGGAGCUGCUGGUGAGAUGGGGAUGCAGGCUCUGAUGGAUGUUCGGUGCAAGAACCUAGUGAACCCUAUAUGCGACUGGCUCGGUGAGAUUUAUGAUCCUGCCUCCAGGGAAUUUGUCAUUCCGGGACGUGGAAGACUGCCUUUGGACGAGGAAUCCGUGUUCUGCACUUUGGGUGUGCCCCGUGGAGAAAUCAAAGUCCCGUAUGAGGUGAAUAAUAAGAUCGAGGAAGCCUUGUUCGCCCGUUUGUUUCCUGGGAUGGCAUCCAUGCCGAAUACGACUGUGCUGGCAACUUCGCUGGAGGGCAUGAAAACCCAUGGCGAGGUUUUUAAGAUGAAACUCCUCAUGUACCUGAUCUCACCUGUUUUUGCGCCUACCACAUCUCUUCGCCCAAGCAACAAGUGCUUCCCCAUCCUGGCGAAGCUGAAAGACGUGAAGAACAUGAAUUGGUGUAAAUUCAUCGCGGCCUUCCUGCAUGAUGCAUUCUCAAACAAGAAGUACCAAAAGGGCUGUCGCCUGCACUUAAUGCUCAUGUAUGUUGAUCGUCUUGAUCUGUCCACCGUCGACUUUACUGGGAUAGGUGGCCCGCCGCCUCCACAUAAGUUUGAUGUCUCUGCGUGGACGUACGAUACUGUCAAGGCUGUGCUUGCCGCAGACAGGAGAACUGAGACGAAAUAUGGGAAACUACAGCUGAUGGCCAAGCAUGCUAUAGACUACAUCGUGUUUGGUGGGCCUCAAAACUUUGGCAAGUGGAUGGAUGUGCAUUCAGCUCCAUCUUGUCCUGCUGAGGUAAUCAAGGAUGUUUAUUUUGUUUUUUGAA